CGGGCACUAUUGCUAGUGUUUACUAAAUUACUAGUAUGUUCACAGCGUGAUGAAUGGCGAGGGUAAUUUCGUCAACAAAAGUUUCUCCGACUUUACUGGGUGUCCACGACGUGUCGGCACCAGACGCGAAGGUCCGAGUCAGCAGCAGUCUUCAUCUAUCUCAUCCUUUCUAAUUCUAUCCACAUCCAUACUAUUAUUCUUUUUCUUUUUCAAGUAAAUAAAUAAUUAAAAUUAUCCUAUCAGCACGGCCCACGUGUCCCCGCCAACCUUUCCCUCUCUCUCUGCUUCCUAUAAAACCCUUUCCCUCCCCCUUCUUCAAAGCGCUCUCAUUACUUCUCAUUUUAUUACUUGACUUAAAACAUUUUUUACGAUUUUUUAUUACUUGAGAUACUUGUUUUUUUUUCAAAUUUGAUUUCAGCUCUCGUCUCUCUUAGCAUCCCAUGGAUUCCCUCAGUUCCUCUUCUCCCCUUGAUUCUAUCAUCUUCGAUUUGGACGACACUCUGUACCCUUCCAACCUUGGACUCGGUGAAGCUUGCAAGAAGAACAUCGAUGAUUUUCUCGUUGAAAAAUGUGGAUUCCCGGUGAGCAAGGCCUCCAGCCUCCGCGUUGAGCUUUUCAAAAAAUACGGCAGUUCCCUCGCUGGCUUACGAGCGUUAGGAUACGACAUCGACGCCGACGAUUACCACGGUGUCGUGCACGGGAGGCUGCCGUACGAUCGGAUCAAACCCGACCCUCAGCUCCGAAACCUGCUCCGCAGCAUCGCCCAGAGAAAAAUUAUAUUUACUAAUUCCGACAGGAAGCACGCAGUGAAGGUGUUGGAACGUCUGGGAGUGGUGGAGUGCUUCGAUCAGAUCAUAUGUUUCGAGACGAUGAACCCGAACCUGCCGAGUUCGACGAGGCCGGACGAGUUCCCGGUGGUCCUGAAGCCGUCCAUAGAGGCCAUGGAGAUCGCGCUUCGGGCCGCGGAUGUCGAUCCUCGCCGCACGCUGUUUCUCGAUGACAACGUGCGUAACGUCGCUGCGGGAAAGGCUGUUGGUUUUCGCACCGUUUUGGUUGGAAUGACCGUGAAAAGCAAGGAAGCAGAUUACUUAUUAGAGAACAUGAACAACAUGGCACAAGUAAUAACGGAAGUAUGGGUAGGAGGAGGUGGCGGAAAGGAUGGUAGUAACCAACGGAUCAGCCGCACCAGGAGCGAAAUCGAUCGCGAUUCCGUCCUCACCGCCACUGUCGGAGCUUGACGGAGUUGGCUCCCUCAUCCACCUUUCCAGAUGUUUUUGCUGCUGGCUUUGGUUGGAUUUGUGUUAGCCUGUUAUGCUUGGGAUAGGCUUUUGUGCAUAUUUAUCUCAAUUAUGUCUCAAAAUGUGCAUAAUAUGUCAAUUAUGUAUCAGUAUGGUUGUGCAUAUGAGCAUAUCCUUACGUAUAUAUUCCCAAAUCCAAAGUGCAUCUAUGCAAUGUACCAAUAAAUAAUAGUUCUUUUAAGCAAAAAAUAAAAAAAUGAUCCAAGUGCUGGAUUUCGUUGUUCUACUAUUA